AUGGAAGCGCUGAUGACGAUCGUGCUCCCAAUUGAGGUCAUGUAUACUCAAGAAGCGGAGAAUCAGGAAGAGGCUGAAGUGGAAGAAGCAGAUAUUGCCCAUCAGCAGGCUCUCGAUGCGGCGGAUCAAGACGAGGCUGCAGAUGUUCAAGAAUAA